CAAGAAAAUAUUAACAAUUCACGCAGCUGGAAUAAGCUGAAAAAGAACUUACUUCUCUAUUAUUUACAUUUCAUUUUAUCUGUCAUAUAUACAUGGUAGACAGAAUUAUAUAAAUAAAGAUAAAAAAUGAUGAUAUGAGAGGUAUAAUAAAUAAAAAGUCACUGGAUAUAUUCGCUCAGCAUUAUGAUGGUUAUAACUGCAUAUUCGCGUUGCUGUUGGUUACGAAAUGAUGCUAACCAAUCAGAGCUAACAUGCGCAGAAUGAACGAAUGCAGAAAUGAACGAAAGUGUCAUUCAAUGACAAUAUUCUCUCAUAAAAUCAAUUAUAAUAUCAAUAUUCUUGCAAAAUAUUAUACAGAUUCAUUUUAUUUAUAUGUUUUUCUACAUAAUUCACAAUGAGUUCAGGAUUUAUAUCAGAAGCUGAAAUUGCUAAGCAACGAAGGAUACGACAAGAAGAAUGGGAACGUGUACGAACUGCAGAUCAGCCAUUAGAAGCGCCAGAAGAAUCAUAUGAUCCAAGAUCGUUAUAUGAACGAUUACAAGAACAAAAAAACAAACGAGAUGCAGAAUACGAAGAAGCGCACAAACUUAAAAAUAUGAUAAAAGGCUUAGAUGAUGAUGAAGUAGAAUUUUUGGAUUUAGUGGAUAGAACUAAAUUAGAAGAAGAGCGUAAGAAACAUCUUGAAGAGGAGAAAGAGAUGCGUGAUUUUAAAGCAGCUGUUGCUUCAUUACAGGAGAGAUCAUUAAAUGAAAAACUAAAGCAAGAAUUAAAAAAUCCACAAGUUAUUAAUAAAAAUACUUCAUCUGGAAGGUACAUUCGAUUUUUUAGUAGUCGUACUUCACAAUUAAAAUUACUAGCUGGAGUUGUAGUAAAACGUUCAGAAAAACCAAAGCGAGUCAAAUUAUCAUCAGGCGAUGAAAAUAACAUACCGAGAAAAGGAAAAUAUGAAGUAAACGAACAGUCAAUGACUGAAAGUUUCAAAUGCGAAUCUGAAACAUUCGAUGAUCAUUCUUUAGGUGAUAAAAAAGUAGUAAGUUUAUUUAGUGGUAUGGAAUGUAUUGGAAUUUUACCUGGACUUGGUUCUUACGAGGAUUCUAGUGACAGUGACUGUAGUUCAGAUACUGAUCAAGAUCCAGAACCAAAUCAUUCCAAAUAUGAUUUGUUAGGUCGAAAAAUAGAAGUUUUAAAAGAUAAAGAAACGAGCUGAAUUUACAGCGCAUAUAAUUAUGUUUUUUUUUUAUUCAUAGGCAAAUUAUCGUUUUGUUUUGCAAUUCGCUAUAAUUAUAGAUAUAAAUAAAUCUUUAGACUAAUUUUUCGAAUAUUAAUACCUUCCAUGUAAUAUUGCAAAAAUAGUUGUUAAUUAACAACUACUUGGAAGAAUAACUGCAUAAUUUUACUUUUGUGGAGUAUAAGAAAUUGUAUAUGAUCUAUUGGUUACUAAAAAUGUGUUAAAUCUAUUUUAAUCAUGAAUGUUUUAAUCACAGUUCAGAAUGUCCUUAAAACAUGAUAUUUUCCUAAAUAAAUUCUAUAAUAGUUUAUACCAAUAUUUAUAUUUUCUAGAUUGUAAAAUACAUAAUAAUAAUAGUUUGUAGAUUUUAAAAAUAUUCAUUUAGUUAUUAUAUUUACAAAAACAUUGUAUGUAUCGUAAACAUAUGCAUCCUAGAAUGACUGUCUGGAUAGUACAGAUAAUAUUAGAAAAGUGAAUUUUGCUAAAUAUGUUGUCCUAGAAAUGUAUGUAUUAUUUGUAAAAUAUUAUAACAUGUAUGAUAUAAACUUACACAAUCAACGCAAUCUACUUUAAAAUGUACUAAUAAAAUUAUAAUAUUUAUUACUUUUUUCGAGUAAAUAAUAUGAAAACUUUAUAAUGCUUAUUCAAAAUUAUUUACAUAUCUAAAAUCAACGAUGGGAAAUAAUGAUCGACAUGUACAUAAAAUAUACAAAUUUUUUAUUUAUUCCAAGACUGUAAAAAAUUAAUUAUUUUUGUACUAGAAUUUGCAAGGUAGUGACAAAAUGUUUGUAAUCAUAUAAGUCUAAAAUAAAUUAUUGGAUAGGUUUUACAAAUUGUGGUUACUAUAACAAUAAAAAUAAUGUUUGUGAUACACAUAGUUAAAUAUACAUCUUUAUAUACAUGACUUAAAUAUGUAACAU